CCGGCAAGAUGGUCCCUUCGCUUUGUCUCGCGGUUCAAUCUUGAUCUCUCUCUUUGCACACCGUCGUAAAGUCACCAUUCCGAGAUCGAACUGGGGUCAUUUAUAGCUACAACAAAUCUCCGCUCUGUCUUGUCGGGAAAUGACGACGCCGGGAAGCAGGUAAAAUGAGCUUGGCUUCUUCUGAAUCGCACCUAGAUAAAAUGGCAGGAAAAGAAGAGGAGCCUGGGAGCUCAGCAGAAAGUGUGAAGGCUUCCUCUUCUCGCAACAAAAGAAAAGCAAGCACUGUAUGCAAGCACACUGGAUUGAAUGAGUCUGAUGCUUCAGCCGAGAGCGAGAAUGAAGGUGCAACCUCUGACAGUAAUCCAGCAAGUGGAUCUAAAGGCACAUUGGUGAUAAGGCCAACUGCAAAUGAAAAUAAAGGCGCCAUGAAGCUCAGAGUGGAUUUUAAACACAAAAACACAGAUGACACCCUGCCGAAGAAGGUCAGCUGCACUGCCUGCGGAAAACAAGUUAACCAGUUUCAGCGCAAUUCUCUACACAAACAUCCUGCGCUCAAAGUGCUCAUUUGCAAGUCAUGUUACAACUACUACACAAGUGAUGACAUCAGCAGAGAUUCUGAUGGGAUGGAUGAGCAAUGCAGGUGGUGUGCUGAAGGUGGAAAGCUCAUCUGCUGUGACUACUGCAACAAUGCCUUCUGCAAGAAGUGUAUUCUGCGCAACCUGGGCAGGAAGGAGCUUUCAUCCAUUACUGAUGAGAACUCAAAGUGGCAUUGCUUCGUGUGCCAGUCUGAGCCCCUUCAGGAUCUGGUCUUGAAAUGCCGCAGCAUCAUGGAGAAACAGGAACACAUGCAGCUCAAACAGCAAAAAAAAGAUAAACCAGAGGAACGUGGAAGCAAGAAGGACAAGAGCAAAGCGGCCAAAGAGCACAAAGCAGUUACAAAUGGAAAAGAACAUCCUGAAGGCUCUGGGACCAUGACAUUCUCUUACAAAAAACUGGAAAUACCCAAAGAACUGAUAAAGAAAGCAAAAAAGCUUGUUGAAACUACAACCGGUUUGAAUAAUACUUUCAUCCAGUUCAUCCAGCAGACAGCUGAGGACCAGGGAAACAAGUCUAUCAGGUAUCGGCAUUUGAAAGCCUUCAAAGCAGUGCUUUCUGAUUUGAAAAAGGCCCACAAUGCUUUGGAGGCGGCUUUAGAGCCGGAAUUUAAAAAUAUGGAGUUGCAGAAUGGAAAUGAAGGACAGCAUGUUAGACAAACCACUACUGUUGAGGUACAUGCAGAAAAAGAUGACAUGGACAGUGUUGCAGGUUCAGUUCAUGAGGCUGACACAGUCCAAGAGGUGGACAACAAGCUGCCUAAUGAAGCUGAUUCCGUUUGCAAGGACGACACAGCUGAAGAGGAAAACAAAGAAGUGCUUGAUGAAGCAGAUUCAGUUCAUGAGGACACAACUGGCGAGGAGGGCAAGGAACCACAUAAGGAAGCUGAAUCAGUAUGUGAGAUGGAAACAACUGAAGAGGGGAGCCAAGAGCAGCAGAGCAAGCCGGAUGUGGAUAAGAAUGAAGUAUCAAAUGAUACUGAAGCAAAAGACCACCAAUUGGAACCUGAAGUAACCAAAAAACCCGUUGAAACUGGACUCUGUGAUGAUAUGCCAGUGUCAACCACCGGUGAAAUAUCAUUAGAUCAGGACAUUAUGUCUGUGCCUCCUUCAGUUCCCGAGGAGCUUUUCCAGAUGGUGGAGAGCCUUGCAGAUUCCUCCAUGCUGUCACAGACUGACAAUACUACAGACACGGAGACAAAAUCAAACGGAAACUCUGCAGAAUCUGUGAACCCCCAGCCCAAAGUGAAGAAUCUCAUAGUUAAACUGACACCUGUACCAGUCGUGAAAACUUGUGAGUCAAGGUCCUCCAGGUCCAAAAGCAGAGAAAAUGAGGCAGCGGUGAAGGAAGAGUGUGAAAAGAAGAGCGGGGAUGGGAAAAAUUCUGCUUCCGGUUCAGUUGACGAGGCCAGCAGCCCACCACCCAGUCGUCGUUCUAGUAGAGUCAAAACAACUCCUUUGAGAAAGCAGGCAGAGAAAAAGGGCAAGAAGGAGUCUUCUGAGUCUGAGUCGGAGGAAGACGCAAAGGACAAGGACAAAUCCUCCAAAAAAUCCAGUAAGCAGGCAGAGAAAAAGAGCAAGAAGGAGUCCUCUGAGUCGGAGGAAGACACAAAGGACAAGGACGCAAAGGACAAGGAAAAAUCCUCCAAGAAAUCUAGUAAGCAGGCAGAGAAAAAGAGCAAGAAGGAUUCGUCUGAGUCGGAGGAAGACGCAAAGGACAAAUCCUCCAAGAAAUCCAGUAAGCAGGCAGAGAAAAAGAGCAAGAAGGAGUCCUCUGAGUCUGAAUCGGAGGAAGACGCAAAGGACAAGGAUGUAAAGGACAAGGACAAAUCCUCCAAGAAAUCUAGUAAGCAGGCAGAGAAAAAGAGCAAGAAGGAGUCCUCUGAGUCGGAGGAAGAGGACAAGGACGCCAAGGACAAAUCCUCUAAGAAAUCCAGUAAGCAGGCAGAGAAAAAGAGCAAGGAGUCUUCUGAGUCGGAGGAAGUCGCAAAGGACAAGGACAAAUCCCCCAAGAAAUCCAGUAAGCAGGCAGAGAAAAAGAGCAAGAAAGAGUCCUCUGAGUCGGAGGAAGACGCAAAGGACAAGGACAAAUCCUCCAAGAAAUCCAGUAAGCAGGCAGAGAAAAAGAGCAAGGAGGAGUCCUCUGAGUCGGAGGAAGACGCAAAGGACAAAUCCUCCAAGAAAUCCAGUAAGAAUACAAAAGGAGUCAAAGAGGAGACUAAAGCUUCAGAUAAGACAAUGGAAGACUCUGACUCGGAUGAAGUUCCACACAUAUUGCUGGAGAAAGCAGCAGAAGGCAACAGCUCCGACGAAGAACAAGAAAGCACAACCGCCAAAGGGAGCUUAUCCAAAGCAAACGCAUCCACACGGAAUAAAGAGAAGUCCUCCAAACGGAAGAGGAAGUCUGAGAGCUCUGGUUCAGAUGCAGAAAGUAAAGGCCAGAAGAAGAACAAGAAGAAAAAGGAGAAAGGCUCGGACUCCUCUGAAUCAGACUCUGACCAGGAGAAGGACACAAAGACGAAAGCUGCCACAUCAAGGAGGAGAUCCAGUCGUGUAAAGAAACAAGAUGAUGCAAAAGAGGAAGAAAAAAGCUCACCGGAAAGAAAGAAGCCUAAUCGGAAGCGGUCUUAUGAAAAGAAGCGCAAAGGAAAGAGUCCCAAAGCAACCUCCAAGUUGCAGUCUUCCUCCAGUGAAGAUGAAGAGGAGGAACAGGCUGAUGGUGCCUCUGGAGAGGACAGUGAUGAGCAGAAGAUCAAGCCCAUUGUGGAGGACAAUGUGGUCGGCGGUGGCGGAACCUUCCAACAGUCCUCAGGAGAUGAAGUGGACACUAAAGAGGAUGUCACUCAGGGUUGUGGCGACGACGAUGAUGACGAUCCUGAAAACAGGAUUGCUAAGAAAAUGCUUCUCGCCCAAAUAAAAUCCAACUACUCUUCGGGAGCAGACACCUCCUCCGAUGAGGAUGAAGAAGCGGAUAAAGAAAAGAAGUCUUCAAAGAAAGUUAAAGAAGAAGAAGAAGAUGAGGAUGAUGAUGAGGAUGAAGAUGAAGAUGAAACUGAAGACUCUGGCUCAGACAUUGAAGUGAAGAAGACUGGCAGACGCCACAAGUUACUUCGUCAUAAACUGUCUCUCAGUGACGGUGAAUCAGGGGAAGAGAAAAAAAAGAAAAACAAGGGAGGGAAGAAGAAGAAAGUAAGCAGCGAUGACUCUAUGGACUCAGACUUUGAAAAGUCAGAGUCCAGUUCAUCGUCUGGGAUGAGUGAAGAGGUUAGCGAAUCGGAAGACGAUGGCAAGCGUCGAAAGACCAGAUCUUCAAAGAAAAAAGAUGACGAGACACAGAGAAGUUACAAGCAGCAGAAAAAGAAGCGGCGCAGGAUCAAAGUUCAGGACGACUCCUCCAGCAAUGAGAAGAGUGGAGAAGGUGACGACGAUGAUGAAGGCAAAAAGGGCCGCAAAAAGAUCCGCAGAAUCUUGAAGGAUGAGAAGCUGCGCACAGAGACGAGAGAUGCUCUGAAAGAGGAGGAGGAAAGGAGACAGCGCAUUGCUGAAAGAGAGGCUCUCAGGGAGAAACUUCGAGAGGUGAUCGUCGUGAAGGAGACUUCCGAGGUGACCUGUCCUAUCACAACCAAGCUCGUGCUGGAUGAGGAUGAAGAGACGAAGGAGCCAUUGGUGCAAGUGCACAGGAACCUUGUUACAAAACUCAAACCUCAUCAGGUUGAUGGGGUGCAGUUCAUGUGGGACUGCUGCUGCGAAUCUGUGAAAAAGAUGGAAAAGUCUAGUGGGUCUGGAUGCAUCCUAGCCCAUUGUAUGGGUCUAGGAAAAACUCUGCAGGUGGUGACAUUCCUCCAUACAUUGCUGCUUUGUGAGAAGCUUGAUUUCUCCACAGCGCUGGUGGUCUGUCCUCUGAACACUGUGCUCAACUGGCUCAAUGAGUUUGAGAAGUGGCAAGUAGGCUUUAAGGAUGAUGAGAGUUUAGAGGUGACUGAACUAGCCACAGUGAAGAGGCCACAGGAGCGAGCUUACGCCCUCCAGUCAUGGCAGGAGUCAGGUGGCAUUAUGAUCAUUGGCUACGAAAUGUACCGAAAUCUGACUCAGGGCAGGAACAUCAAGAGCAAGAAGCUCAAGGAGACAAUUCAGAAGACGCUUGUAGAUCCAGGUCCAGACAUCGUGAUUUGUGAUGAAGGUCAUAUCCUGAAGAAUGAGGCUUCUGCUGUGUCCAAAGCGAUGAACUCUAUCAGGACGAGGAGGAGGGUUGUGUUGACUGGAACACCUUUACAAAACAACCUUAUUGAAUACCACUGCAUGGUGAACUUCAUCAAGGAAAACCUGCUUGGGUCAGUUAAGGAGUUCAGGAACCGUUUCAUUAAUCCCAUUCAGAACGGCCAGUGUGCCGACUCGACUCCACAAGAUGUCCGGAUUAUGAAAAAGAGGGCUCACAUUCUCUAUGAGAUGCUGGCUGGCUGUGUCCAGAGGAAAGAUUACACAGCCCUCACCAAGUUCCUGCCACCCAAACAUGAGUACGUGUUGUCAAUCCGAGUGACUCCACUCCAGUGUAAGCUCUACAGACACUACUUGGAGCACUUUACAGGUGUGGGGAAUGCUCUGGAAGGGGGCCGGGGCCGUGCGGGAACAAAACUCUUCCAGGAUUUCCAGAUGCUCAGCAGAAUUUGGACCCAUCCCUGGUGCCUUCAGCUGGACUACAUCAGUAAAGAAAACAAGGGUUACUUUGACGAAGAUAGCAUGGAUGAAUUCAUCGCCUCAGAAACAGACGAAUCCUCCAUGAGUAUGACAUCUGAAGACGAGAAGGCAAAAAAGAAAAAGAAGCAGGCAAAAGGGAAAAAGAAGGGCUCCGAUGACUCGGACAGUGAUGACGUAGAGGUCAUAAAGGAGUGGAACACCAGCUCUCGUGGCAAGAACGGAGAAGGACGAAACAGAGCCGAGCCUGUGGAGGAGCCAGCGCGUGGCGGGCCAGCGAGUCCCUGCUCUGCUGACUGGCAUAAGGAGUUUGUUACCGAGGCUGACGCUGAGAUCCUGGAACACUCUGGGAAAAUAACGCUCCUCUUUGAGAUCAUGCGUAUGGCUGAGGAAGUAGAAGAAAAAGUGUUGGUCUUCAGUCAGUCUCUCAUCUCUUUGGACCUGAUUGAAGACUUCCUCGAGAUGGCUUGCACAGCUAAAGAUGAAAACAAGGUCUCUCCAUACAAAGGUGAAGGCAAAUGGUACAGAAACAUCGACUACUAUCGCCUCGAUGGCUCCACCAAUGCUCUUACCAGGAAGAAGUGGGCUGAAGAGUUUAAUGACACCAGUAACAUAAGAGGCCGUUUGUUUCUUAUAUCGACUCGAGCUGGUUCACUCGGCAUCAAUCUGGUGGCAGCCAACAGGGUGAUCAUCUUCGAUGCUUCCUGGAACCCCUCGUAUGACGUCCAGAGUAUUUUCAGGGUGUACCGCUUUGGCCAGAUUAAACCGGUCUAUGUCUACAGGUUCCUCGCACAGGGUACAAUGGAAGAGAAGAUUUAUGAACGGCAGGUAACCAAGCAGUCUCUUUCAUUCCGCGUUGUGGACCAGCAGCAGAUCGAGAGGCACUUUACAAUGAACGAGCUUGCUGAACUGUACACCUUUGAGCCGGACCUGCUGGAUGAUCCCUCCGAGAAGAAGAGCAAGAGAGCCACACCUAUGCUUCCCAAGGAUCCCGUCCUGGCGGAGCUGCUGCAGAACAAUAAGAACCAGAUUUUCUGCUACCAUGAGCACGACUCAUUGCUGGACCACAAAGAAGAGGAAGCCCUCAGCGAAGAGGACCGCAAAGCUGCAUGGGCCGAGUAUGAAGCGGAGAAAAAGGGUCUGUCCAUGAGGACCAACUUCCAGUCACCGUAUGCUCCAGACAUGGCAGGCUCCAGCUACUUCUCAUACAACAUGGCAGCUUUGGCCUCCAUGACCAACCAGCAGCUGGAGGAUCUCAUAAACCAGGGACGGCAGAAAGUCAUUGAAGCAACAAACUCAUUAAAAGGUUUAACUCUGGAAUCAUUGGAAGAUAUUAUUGCAAAUGUGUGGAAGGACAACCCAGCACUGACUGAGAGCCAGGUCCAGGCUUUAGCUUUGGGACGUCAAGCCACCGUGGAGAUGGAGUUGAAGCGCAGGGAAGCCGUUUACAGGGAAGUUCUGACCAGGCAGCAAACGUUGAUGAUGUUUGUGCAGAAGCUGAUCACCAACAGGAAGGUGCAAGAGCAGCAGCUCGCUCUGGCUAACCAGGCCACUUACCUGAACCAGCUGGCCAUGCAGAACGGCAUGAUGGGAGGUGGCGGGCUAUCCCAAAUGGACCUGCUUGGAAUUUACCAGCAGCUCCACGGGAGGGGAGGGCAAGGCAUGGGCAAGAACCCUGGCCCCUCAAAGGGGGUGUAGGUCAGACGGACUCUCUCUCCCCCCCCCACCCCAAUUCUACUAGCCAGCUCCCAGUGGCCCCCGUUUUCCGUAACAAAACGCACAGCGAGACCCCUCAGCUCAGAAUUAACCCAUGCCCCAAGCAGAGGGUUGAGUAGUUUUAAGAUAAGACUGCUGUCCACUGGGGACUAAAUUUGGAUAGAGCGUUGGGUCUAUACUCUAUAAUCCACGAGAGACAGUGGAAUAUGAUGUAUAAAUGACUGUGUGGACGGUGUAUUUGAAAAAUCAACUGAAGAAACUGUAUAUACCGCCUUAAUGUUAUUCAAGUUCUAUAUCUUCAGUUUUACCCCAAUGCUUCUAAGCAUUGUAUUGUUUCCCCUUAAAAAAGGGUUUCCUGAUAAUUUAAACUGAGCUUUUUCUUUUUUCUUUUUUUUUUUUUUAUAUAUAUACUCUUUUCAAUGUGUAACAUCAGAGUGGGACCAGAAUUGUUAAGUGUCAGGACUCCAUGAGAAAAAGCUCCAAACGAUUAUUAGCAUCACUCAAUUCCUCAGCAAUUUAUCCCGCAAAGUAGACAGCUAUUGGUGCUGCAAAGUCCUGCUCGCUUUGGGAAGUAGAAGAAGCUUUUCAGCUGAAAAGAACAGUGGACGAAGAAAAAAGUUAUGGCCUUAUAUUCAUUUCCUAAAAAAGAGAAAAAAAAAAACCUGUAAAGAUUUGAGAUUUGUUGAAAAUCUUUUCUAUUCUGCUUUUAAGUGUUUACAUUAGUUGUCGCUGAACAUUGUAAUGGAAUGCUUGUGUUGUUCAAAACUGCCUGCCAGUUCCUUUUGACCUUUUUUUGUAACAUCUUUUUCUCAUUGUCACGUGUUGUCUAGCAUAGCACUGUGCGUUCCUCUUCAUUGUUCAUAUUCCACUUGUGCUGGCCCCGGGCCCGGGUGAGGAGGGGGGGGUCUCGUAGAGCACUGGACGUCAAACGCCCAAAUCCGUACCCUCCACCUGCCUUUCAGAGUUUGGACUAUCAGUUUUAAUGGAGUCAACAGGAAGGGGUAAAAUAGUGUUUUUAUCUGGCUGAUUUGUGUCUUGUGCUUUGUGGGUAAUGGUCUCCUCAAUGCUGUUGUCUCACCACGCAGCCGCCCCCCCACCCCUCACCCCCAAAGACUACUUGUUCUCUAUUUUGGCACAUUCUCGUUUCUCAACACUUUUACUGAAGAAUUUGUUAAACAAGAGGAAUAUGGACAUUUUUCACAAAGAGACGCCUGUUGACUCCUGUGUUUGCACAAGGUGUAUUUCAUAAAUGUAGAAAAGGUUUCUUUGCCCUCUUCUAAGAAUGUUCUUACAUUAGCAAAUACACCAACAUGUUCUGCCAUGACUAUGAUCUGCUAUUGAUAAGUAUUUAAUAUAACAUUUAAUAAAGUGACCAAAAGGAUGAGCAA